CAACAUGCUUCAAAGCCACAAACAUUCCAUCCUCACUCCACCGCGCAAGGACGCACACAUGAAGGUCACUCACAUGGACAUGGACAUAGCCACCAGCCCUCGAUUCACAUUGUGGUACCAACGAGCCCUGUUUCUCGGACCGUGUACAAUGAAACCGAUUAUCUCCUCUCGAGCGGAAGACGUCGACGAAACGCUGGCUCAGGGUGUUGCGUCUUCACAAUUCUCGGAGCUGUCCUCAUUUUUGCGGUGUUUUCCAUCGUUCAAUUCGUCUUGUCUAUGCCCAUCGACAAGGCUGCUUGGACCAAUCUUGAAUCUCAUUCGUGCACCACUUAUGCAACAAGGGAGUACGUAGCAAAACUCAAUGUCUCCCCUUGGAACCGCCAUUGGAUGGACGUCUGCAUGGCUACUCCACUGUUUGUCCAUGGCCACUCUAACUGGCCCUUCAGAUGCGAAGAUCGCUCAGGCGCGGUGGUUGGACAUUUCGCCAUCAAAUAUGACGAACCAGACUGUGGAUGUACCGCUAAAGGCUCGAAGAAGAGGCACAUUUCGCAACAUCUCAUGAACGUGCCACACAAUGCGGACUAUAAGGAAUUCUGCGCAACGACACCUGCUCACUUCCUAGACCGGAAUUUCAUUGGUGCAGACUCGUGCGAGGAUAGCAUCUGGGGUGUCUACGGACAAUGGUUCAUCGAUGACCCUCGCUGUUGAAGCGACUGAAGAGCAUGGUUUCUUAUACCUAGCAAUGUCCACUUUUACCUGCAUUUCUUGUCCCGGCAUUCGUGUACUAUCAACUGAUGCAAAAUGUGUACCUACCCCCAUGGCCGAUUGCGUGUUUUAGAAUGGAGUGAC